AGCUGAGCCAAUGACUCUUGGCUCCCCAACAUCUCCAAAACCAGGAGCUAGUGCUCAGUUUCUUCCUGGGUUCUUGAUGGGCGAUUUACCUGCACCAGUGACUCCGCAACCACGUGCUUUAAGCGGCCCUUCAGUUGGUGUAAUGGAAAUGAGGUCUCCACUACUUGCAGGAGGAUCUCCCCCACAACCAGUAGUCCCUACGCAUAAAGAUAAAAGCGGUGCUCCACCAGUUAGAAGCAUAUAUGAUGAAUUAUCCAGUCCUGGACUUGGAUCAACACCUCUAACCUCAAGACGACCAGCCAGCUUUUCUCUAACACAGAGCCCACUGGUUGGAACUAUGCCAUCAACUCCUGGAACAGCUUCAAGUAUGUUCAGUCCUGCAAGUAUUGGGCAGCCUAGGAAGACUACUUUAUCUCCUGCUCAGCUAGAUCCUUUUUAUACUCAAGGUGAUUCCCUAACUUCAGAGGAUCAACUUGAUGACACAUGGGUAACUGUAUUUGGAUUUCCUCAAGCAUCGGCUUCGUAUAUUCUUCUACAGUUUGCUCAGUAUGGAAACAUAUUAAAGCAUGUGAUGUCCAACACAGGAAACUGGAUGCAUAUUCGGUAUCAGUCUAAGCUUCAAGCCCGGAAAGCCUUAAGCAAAGACGGAAGAAUUUUUGGUGAAUCCAUCAUGAUUGGUGUCAAGCCAUGUAUAGAUAAAAGUGUGAUGGAAAACUUUGAAAGAAGUUCUACACCCUCAAUAUCUUCAGUUUUCACUCCACCUACAAAAUCUGUUGGCUCACCAGUACAAGCUGCAAAUAAUACUACAAGGAUUUCUACAAUGAGACCUCUUGCGACGGCAUAUAAAGCUUCCACUAGUGACUAUCAGGUUGUUUCUGACAGACAAACUCCUAGGAAAGAUGAAAGUAUUGUAUCUAAAGCAAUGGAAUAUGUAUUUGGCUGGUAAUACACGAGAGGAAGUAACACACUAAGUUGGUCAGGGUCUGAAACACGCUUCUGGCAUCUGUGGUUAGUUGUAUAACUACUGGUGGCAGUAUUUUAACUUACAUCUCACCUGUUAGGCCUUCAGUUAAUUCAGCAGACAUGUAGCUUGCACUUUAAUGAUGACAAUGUACACACGUUUUAAAAACUGAGUAAGUGUAAAUGUAAGUGCUUUUUUGCCCAUUUGUGCUCUGAUUG